UUACAAGGUUGCUGAGGUGUUCCUCGUUUUCCGGAAUUAUCCAGACGUUGCGUCUCUCUAUCGUGCUCACCAAUUAUAACUGUCAAGUCCAUCAAUGGCGUCUUCUCUGGCUCUCAAGAGACUCGUAUCCUCUAACCUUGUGCCGAGAUCCAUGCGGCUGAUGCACCCGGCGACAUCUGCAUCAUCAGCCACUCGUCUCUUUAACAACAGUGCGAUUCGCGAAUACGAUGACGAUGACGGCGAGGAACGUGGCCUUGACGUCCAUCGCCGCUCCGGUCGCUCCAUCUCUCGCCGCCGCGGUGACAUCUUCUCAGAUGUGCUAGAUCCAUUUUCCCCAAGCAGGAGCCUAAGCCAGGUCCUUAACCUGAUGGACCAAUUCAUGGAAAAUCCUUUCCUCGCGGCCUCACGUGGAAUGGGAGCUGGACUCCGCAGAGGCUGGGAAGUUAAGGAGACAGAUGACGCUCUCAACUUGCGGAUUGAGAUGCCAGGACUGGGCAAGGAGGACGUGAAGGUCACCGUGGAACAGAACACUCUGAUUAUCAAAGGCGAAGGAGCUAAGGAGGAAGAUGACGAGGAGAGUGGAAAGAGAUACAGUAGCAGGAUUGAUUUACCAGAGAAGCUCUACAUGACUAAUAACAUCAAGGCAGAGAUGAAGAAUGGCGUGUUGAAGGUGGUGGUUCCGAAGGUAACGGAGGAGGAGAGGAGGGAUGUGCGCCAAAUUGCAGUCGAGUAGUGAUGAGCUUGAAGCCAGUGUUUUGUUCUGCCGUCCCUUUUGAAUCUUAGGGAAUAAACUGUACGAGUACAAUGUAGAGUUAUGAAACUAAUCAAAUAGUUAAUGGAUGAACAAUCUUCUACUUUGUUGUUAAAAACUUAAGAUUAUCUUGC